CGAACGCAAUAGCUGUGCCAAAGAAAUCAAAAUGAAUUGUGGUCAAAGUUUAGUGCUUUUAUUGAUAAUGCAUCAAAUUUGUGUUCUGAUUGCCUGUAAAAAUAACGUAGUGGAAACUCAAAUGGGUAAAGUUCGUGGCGUUCCGGAAAUGAGCAUAGAAGGUCGUGAGUUUUGCUCUUUUUUAGGUAUACCGUACGUCAAAGCACCGAUCGGCGAUCUACGAUUUAAAGAUCCUCAGCCAAUGGAGCCAUGGACAGAGACAAGAGAAGCCAUGUUCUUUGGUCCCAUGUGUCCCCAAAUCCUCAGAUCUUCGAGAAUGGUGGUUGGCAAUGAAGAUUGCCUUUAUUUGAAUGUUUAUACAAAAUCAGCCGAUUCAGCAGCCCAGCAACCAGUGAUGAUAUGGAUUCACGGUGGUGAUUUCGCUCGAGGCAGCGGUGAUAGUGAUAUUUAUGGGCCUGAUUAUUUUAUGCGAAAGGAUGUAGUUCUUGUAACGAUCAAUUACAGACUUGGAGUUUUAGGGUUCCUCAGCUUAGAUGAUGAAGUAAUUUCGGGUAAUUUUGGACUAAAAGAUCAAGUUAUGGCUCUUAAGUGGGUCAAAGAAAAUAUUGCAAAUUUCGGCGGUGAUCCCAAUAAAAUUACAAUUUUUGGUCAAGAUGCCGGUGCUUCGUCUGUACAUUAUUUAACAAUUUCUCCUAUGUCUAAGGGAUUAUUCGAUAAAGCAAUUAUUCAAAGCGGUAGUGUCUACAGCCCAUGGGCUCGUACAAUGUCGAAUGCAAAUAUUUCUCAAAUGGUGUAUCAACAAUUUGGAAUGGGCUCUAGUGAUCACAAGGAAAUUUUAGAUUUUUUGCGAAAAGUUUAUUAUGUAGACUUGAUUCAUGUUGCUCAGGAAGUGUCAAACUUUGAGGGACGUUUAUUUUUGCCAAGCAUGGACGCCAAAGCUGAAAAUCCAUUUUUAGCGGAAGAUAUUUUAGAAGCAGCUGAUAAGGGUUCUGAUGUACCUAUACUUCUUGGUUAUAAUAAUCAAGAAAGCUUGAAGUCAUCGCAAAACCAAUAUGGUAUGAAUUACCCUGGAUUCUUCAAUGAUAUUGAAAGAAGUUUACCACGUGAUUCUUUGGAUUAUAUAAAGUCAAGACAUAGUAUGACAACUGAAGAUUUGAUUCGCUUUUAUUUUGAUGAGCAAAUGAAUAAUCGUUAUAAUUUGGGAGAUAUUUGGGGUGACAUUUCAUAUGUUGAGGGUGUACAAGAAAUAGCAAGACAACGAGUUCUCAAAGGUCAAAAUCCAACUUAUCUUUACCGAUAUGAUUUUAAUCGAGAUUUUCCAUUUGCUCAAUCUUCCGGCACAUUUAGUGGAAUAGGUGCAGUACAUGGAGAUGAACUUUCAAAUUUGUUUAGAGCUUACGGCCAGGAAAAAAUUGGCAUACAAACCAUUAUGCCAGGAACAUUGAGUUAUAGAUUAAUGGAGCAGAUGAUAGAGAUGUGGUACAAUUUUGCCAAAGAUGGAAAUCCUACACCUAGUAUGUCUGAUUCGAUAAAAUCAUUUUGGCACUCUGUUAAAGAUGCAAACUCGCUUCAAUACCUUAGCUUAGACACUGAUGUGCACAUGGAUGCCACAACGAGCUUACAACAACGUUAUGCAACUUACAAGCUCUCAAGCACUCAACCUUAAUUUAUAUUAUCCUUCAUACAACUCAUUUUUACAUUUCUUUAUAAGUGAAAAAGCCGGAAAAGCGAUAAAUUGUGUUUUUGAUCAAAUCAUUGGAAAGCCCUGGGCAGAGGACAAACUUCUUUGUAUAAUCGUCGAAUUAUUUUUACAGUAAAAAAUACAC